UGAUUAGAUGAGGUAUAGUCUUGCGCAAUCUUUCUACCCAAUCAAAUAAACAAAGCGUGUUUGAUCAAUGAUGUCUGUAUUCAAAGUAAACUAAACGAGUGGCGAAUUCAAAUGGCACAAUCUCACUCUCAACCUCUACCCCUCCAGGACCGAGUCGCAAUCGUCACUGGCUCGUCCCGCGGAAUCGGUCGAGAAAUCGCGCUUCACCUCGCCUCACUCGGCGCGCGACUCGUCAUAAACUACACCUCCAACUCGGCCCAAGCCGACUCAGUCGCCGCCCAAAUCAACGCCGGCUCCGCCACACCACGCGCCGUCGUGGUCCAGGCCGACGUGUCCGACCCGGCGCAGGUCAAGUCCCUCUUCGACUCGGCCGAGCGCGCCUUCGACUCGCCGAUCCACAUCCUGGUCAACUCGGCCGGCGUCCUCGACGGCACGUACCCCUCCGUGGCCGCCACCACCGUGGAGUCCUUCGACCGCACCUUCUCGGUCAACGCGCGCGGCGCCUUCGCGUGCGCCCGGGAGGCGGCGAACCGCCUGAAGCGCGGCGGCGGCGGGCGGAUCAUCCUGGUGACGUCGUCGCAGGUGGCGGCGCUGCGGCCGGGGUUCGGCGCCUACGCGGCGUCGAAGGCGGCGGUGGAGGCCAUGGUGAAGGUGCUGGCGAAGGAGCUGAAGGGGACGCAGAUAUCGGCGAACUGCGUGGCGCCGGGACCCAUCGCGACGGAGAUGUUCUUCGAGGGGAAGUCGGCGGAAGUGGUGGAUCGGAUCGUUCAAGAGUCUCCCAUGGGGAGGCUCGGUGAGACCAAGGACGUUGCACCUGUUGUUGCGUUCUUGGCCACCGAUGCUUCUGAAUGGGUCAACGGUCAAAUCCUUCGCGUCAACGGUGGCUAUGUGUAGUGAUGUAAUCUAUUUCUCCUUCGCUUUUAUCAUUCUCUGCGUGCGGCUGCAUCAUAUUUUACUGCUAUGACUGAAUUGUGGGAAUGGGUUUUUUGAGACUUUAUCAGCUGUGGAGCUUCAUUUGUCAUCUCAUAAUUUUCUUACUGCUUAAUGGUUAUCUGUGCUUGGUUAAAUUGUUAAAUGAUAAUCAAAGAAUUUGGGGGAACUGCACGAUUAUUUUCUUUUGAAACCUAGGUGGUGCAGUAUAUUCAGCUGAGAUAUCAUUCACAAUCAUGUUUAUCAAUUCUUAUUGGUGAUUACUGUAAUAGAGAUGUAUGAUUUUAGGAUCAAAGUUUUUCAUAUGGGAGAAACUUGUAGUAGAAGUGUUGAUAAAUGGUAAAUGUAAGUCUAAUCGAUAGCUGGUGUGGGUCUUUUAUAGAGUAGACACAGUAAGGGCAUUCCUAUGCUGUAAAGAAACAGCAAAUAGUUUGAUAUGUUGUGGUUGUGGUGGAAUUGUAAUAAGGUUAUCUUUAUCAAUCAUGGUUUCUUUGAGGCCACAUAAUGGGGUAUAUGUAGCAUUUGAAGUGUUGGUGCCGGAGGCCUAGUAGCGAAAGCUUAAGGUAGUAUGCAUAGAAUUUAGGCUUUAAUUUUGUUGUAAUUUUGAUCGAUUAAAAAACACUUGUUGCUGUCAAAAUGAAGGGGGGACAAGAUUUAUA